CAUUUCCAACCUUUCAUAAUCAAAUAUCAAUUGCCACAAAGAAAAAGAAAAAAAAAAAUACAUAUAAGACAAGUUCUCACCUAAACUCAUUGGUGAAUGGUGAAUACUUUUUCUCUGUUUGUGAAGAUGAUGAAAUCAAAGAAAUUUAGUUGGCAUGGCUUGGAAAGAGUUUCUUGGUGAUUCAUGGGCUAUAUAUGGUUUGAAGAUUGCAACAUUAAUGUCAAACAUACAACAAGUUCUUAGAAUCAUAAUCAUGAAGCAAAAAACACCACCACCAACAACAUCAACAACAACAACCACACCAAGAAGUUUGUUGAAACAACAACAACAUAGUGAUAACAAGUCUCAACAUAGUAUACCACAAACAACAACAACAACAAGAAUAAGAGUAGUAAAAGGUUCUUCUAAGAUCAAAGAAUCUCCAAAAACACCACCGGAGAUUGUUAACAAUAAUAGGGCUUCCAUUUCAUCAACAAGAGCUAAGUCAGUGCCUCCAGACUUGAAGAACAAUUCAAAAGCCAAAAGGGGUAUUGUUGUGAUGAACAAGCUUGUUAAAUCCAAUGAAGAGGUUGAGUGUUCUUCUCAAAAGGGUACUAAGGAAGCUGAAGAGGCUAAGAUUGUUGUUGUUCGACCGCGGCGAAGGAGGACUAAUGAUGAUCCUGAUGAGAAGGAGAAGAAGGAGAUGGUUGAGAAGCUUGAAAUGAGUGAUAAUUUGAUCAAGAAUUUAGAGUCUGAGGUGAAGGCUUUGAAAGCUGAAUUGGAUAAAGUUAAGAAUUUGAAUGUUGAGCUUGAGUCUCAGAAUGUAAAACUCACUCAGAAUCUUGCUGCUGCUGAAGCUAAGAUAGCAGCUGUUGGAAGCAAUAAUAGUAGAAAGAAGGAACUAAUUGGAGAACACCAGAGUCCUAAAUUUAAAGACAUACAAAAACUCAUUGCUGACAAAUUGGAAAUGUCUAAGGUCAAAAAAGAAGCUAAUCAUGAGGUAAUUUUUGUCAAAGCGUCAAUUCCAGCUCCAACACAAAAUCAUGCCAUUCCUGAAACUACAACAAGUUUAGGAAGAAAAUUUCCACCCAACUUAUGCGUCAUGCCACCUCCACCGCCACCCCCACCGAUCCCAUCUCGGCCUUUGGCAAAAUUGGCUAACACACAAAAGGCUCCUGCAGUUGUCCAACUAUUUCACUCCUUAAAGAAUCAGGACGGGAAGAAAGACUCAAAAGGAUCGAUAAAUCAUCAUAAACCGAUAGCUAUUAGUGCACAUAGUAGCAUUGUAGGCGAAAUUCAAAACCGUUCGGCUCAUCUUUUAGCAAUAAGGGCAGACAUUCAAACAAAAGGGGAGUUCAUUAAUGACCUAAUAAAAAAGGUGGUUGAUGCUGCCUAUGUGGAAAUUGAAGAUGUCCUCAAGUUUGUUGAUUGGCUUGAUGGUGAAUUAUCAACUUUGGCUGAUGAGCGUGCUGUAUUGAAGCAUUUUAAGUGGCCGGAAAAGAAAGCUGAUGCAAUGCGUGAGGCUGCAGUUGAGUAUCGCGAGCUUAAAAUGUUAGAACAAGAGAUUUCUUCUUACAAGGAUGAUCCUGACAUUCCAUGUGCAGCUUCCUUGAAAAAGAUGGCUAGCCUAUUAGACAAGUCUGAGAGGAGCAUACAGAAGCUAAUCACGCUGCGAAAUUCUGUCACCCGUUCAUAUCAAAUGUACAACAUUCCAACUGCAUGGAUGCUUGAUUCAGGAAUAACGAGCAAGAUAAAGAAGGCUUCCAUGACACUGGUAAAGAUGUACAUGAAAAGAUUAACAAUGGAGCUUGAAUCCAUUCGAAAUUCAGACAGAGAAUCUAGUCAAGAUUCUCUUCUACUACAAGGCGUGCAUUUUGCUUACAGAGCCCAUCAGUUUGCUGGAGGUUUGGACUCAGAAACAUUGUGUGCAUUUGAAGGGAUAAGGCAACGUGUACCGGGAAAUCUGGCAGGGUCUAGAGAACUUUUGGCUGGGAUACAAUCAUCAUGAGAAUGAGAAGUCACUGAUUUCUAAUACUGCUGCUAAUGGUUACAAAAACUUGGCUACUAAAUAUUCAUUAUUCUUUAAAUAUCUUCAAUGCUGAAGUAAUGCUUACUAUGAAAGUAUGAAUCCCUCACUCAGAAGAUUUUGUAAAGAAAGUACACUCCAAUGGCUAAUCUGCUAUCAAAUUGUCUCACUAUAUAGGAAUAGGAUCUUCAGUUCCGAGUUUAUUUAAUUUCAAUAGUUGAAUUUUUUGAGAUAGUUCUCUCUAAUGUUGUAGCCAAGAACAGUACUAAGAAGCUUUGCCGUGUGUAGCUGCAGAUAUAUAUAUUUAACAUUUUCAAAGUUAAUCAAAUAAUGUAAUAACACUCAUGUUUAAUGUCAUGUGUAGUGUUUGUCAAACACAUAUUGAAGCGAUCUCUACUUUGUUCUAUUGAUAA